AUGCCAUCAAAGCAGCUAUCCAAGAUUCAUGCCGCCAAGCAUCAGCCGAAGGGGGUCGCAAGCAGCGGUGGUGCACAAUCGGGUGUAGGUGCUAUAAAAUCACAAUAUCUGGUCGGCAAUCGGCCUGGAGACGGUGACAAUGAGAAGACAUGGAACAUGCCAUCAAAGCAGCUAUCCAAGAUUCAUGCCGCCAAGCAUCAGCCGAAAGGGGUCGCAAGUAGCGGUGGUGCACAAUCGGGUGUAGGAUAUUGUUCAGUCAGCGGAAAUGUCACAGGAUUUUGCUCGUGUGAUCGAUGGAAAGAUUUUUAG